AUGUCGUCGUUGUUCGGCUUCAACUCUGAUUCUGCUACCUCCACUAAGAUCCUCGAGGAUUUAGAAGAGCUGAACUCGACUCUCGGUCCUAUUGUCUCAGCUGCAGGUACUCGGUUGCCUCUCAUUCCCCAUUUCGACUUAACCUACAAUAAGCCGCUCGGAAAGGGUGCAACGUUUGAAGUCAACUGUGAAGUCUUCAAACCUCGUGGCGGACCCUCCCCCUACUAUGUCGCCGUCAAGUAUGUGGUUCUGACCGCAGAUAAUGGGGAUCGUGAAAGAAGGAAUAGCUGCGUCGCUAGAGAGUUGCGCGUUGGGACACAUCCGGCCUUGACAAAUGUGCAAGAGAUUCUGCCCUUGAUCGGCUACGGUUGGAACACAAACCUCCUCAUCAGGACACCCUUUCUCAUGGUGCCAUUUUCCGAACACGGCACCUUGUCCUAUUAUUUGAGACGUAGAGAUGUUCGUGAAUGGAUCGACAUGAGUGGUCGACGAGAUCUGGCUUUAGAUGUCGCAAGGGGACUGGAAGCUCUACACAGCUGCAAGAUCAUCCAUGGUGACAUCAAGCCAGACAAUGUGCUCAUUUUCACCACAUUUGGUCGAUCUAGAGACCGCUGGAAUCAGAUGGCAAAACUCUCAGACUUCGGAGGUUGUAUCUUUGAAGAUGAAUCCUCAAAGAAUCUGUAUGGUGGUACUCCUCUGUACAAUGCGCCGGAACAAGAAGGCAGGGGAAAUUUCAAAGCAUCGGAAUGGCGAAACCCCAAGGACUAUUACGCAGCGGACAUCUGGUCUCUCGGUCUCACAGUUUGUGAGAUCAUCCUUGGUCGCCCUUUCAUCCAAAAGGAUUGGCUUGAUAAAGGCCAAUCAAAGCUGGAAUUCCUGGACCAGAUGGCGAUGUCCGCAGGCGAUAGUCUUCAGUGGAAGUUGAGGGGAUUGUGCUCUCAUUUCCUUGAAGAGGCUACACCGAUACGGCAGUCAAUACUAGAAACCCUUCGCAUGACGCUGUACGACGAUCCACACAAACGUGCCAAUAUUCGGGAUGUUGUACGAGUCCUUAGUCAAGGAGCCACGCAGCAAAGGCCGAUAUCUGAAUUCCCAUCAAUUCUUUCUUUGCCACCCUCUCAGACCAUACCCAGGACACCUCAUAUCGUGAUCGAUCUUAAGUCAUUGCCUUCAAGGUCGGGUAAGGCUAUGGUUGAUAAAAUUCACACCGCUCAAGAUGAAAAUCACGACGGGAGCAGCAGCUUGUCAGAAGGCUCAUGCUCACCAAAGGUAGCUGGUCCACCGGGCGAAACAGACCUAGAGCAGGUGCAUAUCAGGAUGGCGAGCCAAGCAGCUGCCCAGUGGCGAAUAGACGCUGCCAAAGUGUUUGAUCAUGUCAUGAACCUCGGCAUGCCAUGGACUGUGCAAGAGAGCAUUUUCAAAGAACUGCAACACCAAGCUCCUCUCGAGCGUGCUGUAAGUGAGAAUGCCGGAGGCAGCUACUUUGAGAAUUGUUUGCGUCUAGCCUUGGCCUACAAGGUUGGAUUCGGUGUGCAUCCUGACAGAAGUAUGAUGAUUGAAUACUUUACCAUCAGCGCCCGUGAAAACGAGAUAGCUAUGGCACUCUGGUAUCGGAUAGCCUCCUCCUUGCAACUCGAAAUCGCCAAAACAAAAUGGAUCCGUCAAACAUUGGACUGGCAGCUCAAGAGAUCCGAGAAGCCGGAAAAGGCAACAAGAUACUUCAUGACCAGAGUCAAGUUAUAUCAAGAAAGAUCAGCCCCGCUUCUGCCGACUAUGCUAGAUGACUCGGGGCUUGAUGGCUCAACGCUGCUUCUAUUUGCUUGCCAGGAUCAGAACUUCACAGCUGCAAUGGAUAUUUGUAGCAAGGUGCAGAGAUUUGUUCUGAUACCAGGCGAGCCAACUCCACUCCAUUGGCUAAUUAAGUUUAAUGAGACACAGGCCGAGUCACUGGGCAAUGCUCUUAUUUGUGGGCAGGGAGCGGGACCUGGGCCGUGUGCCGAAUUCGUUAAUCAUUGUCCAGACUUUACGAUUGUUUUACCUGCCCAUUGCCUUGAACUUGGCGGUUCACCUCUUCACUGGGCAGUCAGGACACGGAAUGUCAGUCUGGUACAGCUUCUAAUCAAACUUGGGGCCGACGUGAACGUGUGUUGGAAACAAGCCGGCACGACUAUUGCAGACAACAAAGAUGCGCAAGAGACUCCCCUUGAGAUUUCAGUGCAAUAUCAUUUACCUGAGUUAGUACAGGUUUUACUUGAGGCUGGUGGGCGUGGCUCAUCUUCCUACUCUGUUUUCUAUAAUAUCGGGGCCAGGUGUAUGCCUUUUGCGAGGCAUGUCAUACAUGGUCCUCAUUAUCGGCAAGCACUCCGCGACACAAUUCAAGUCCUCAUUGCUCAAGGCCUUGACCUUUGGAUCGAGGACGAGCGUGGGAAUAGCCCUUUGAGCAUCGCAGUGGAGGACCCCGACUGUGAAACUUACAUCGUUGAGGAGCUUCUUGCAACUCUGCCACCAGAAGGACCAAUCACUUCUCAUUACGCUCUUGUCAGUUCGGCUGUAAAUUGCCUUACUCGACGCCACAGCGUGUCCUCUCUAGGCCUGAUAGCUUCCCGUCCGAGAGAGUGUAUCAAUGCUCUUGAUGGAUCUGGGCGGAAUGCGCUACACUACGCUGUUGUUACAGACAGUGUUGAGGCGGUGAAAAUCCUUGGUCAAAUUGUUGAGUGCGAUUUUGAUACUUUCAGCUCAGACGGAGACCACGCAAUUCAUCUAGCAGCUCGCUUUGGAUCGGUUGGCGCCCUUCCGCUCAUAGUCGCCAAAGGCGUCGAUCUGAACAUUCUCACAAAGCCUGGCGAUUUGUCUAAUGACAGACCCCCAGAAACCCCGCUCAUGAUUGCUGCUUCUCGACAGAAACGCGAGACAGCUGAUUUCCUUCUCGAGAAUGGAGCUAAUCCCUUCUUUGACAUUACGUCCGCCGUCUAUCCUACUGUUCUCCUAGCUGCCUGCACGGGUCCUCGACGUGGAGAUUCUAUCCUUCCGCAUCUGUUGUCAAAACACGGCAAUCUUUGUGAUAAGUCGGUUCUUGAUGCUGCAGGUAGUACCGGUUGGACGGCUCUUCAUCAAGCCGCUUUCUUCGGCGAUGUCCAGUCCGUGCUAGCUUUGCUAGACAAAGGUGCCGAUCCCAUCCGGACCGAUAUCAGAGGCAAAGCUCCAUUGGAGUUAGUAACAGAGUUAUUGAAUACUAUCAGGAACGAUAACAGAGUCAUACCAACACACGAGCGCAUUUUCCAGAAGGGAAAGCAGGCUGUUGCCGACCUCGAGGCGGCGCUAGACGAGGUGCGCAGAAUACUCACUCUGGCUGCAUCCUCGUUAUAG